CUUCACGGCCAGAGACAAGAAAAUAAAACGUCAACUACAUGGGACGAGAACUACUUCAUAAUGGCAGUACCUCCUGCAAGCUCGCCGGUUGGUACUGUGCCAUUAGUUUCCACGGUUGAACUGGCCGACUUCUACACGAAGCACUUUUCGGGACAUUCUAAGGACCACUUCGCCACCACUUUCCUAGCUGAGGGAGUCACCGAGGAGGAAGAUGACAACUUAGGAUACUACGAUGACGGCGUUAAGAGGACCUUAACAGACGAACAGAUCGCCAUGUUCCGUCAUACUGAGAUUGAAACACUGUUGAGAGAGAAGAGAAAAUCCGAUGAGGCCAAAGCGGACAAGGCAGAAAGAGCAUCCGACUUGGAACGAAAAGCUGGAGAAUAUCCUGGAUCUCAGGGUGCAUCUUUGCUUAGCACCCAAGCUUCAAAGGCGCCACUCACUCAGUCAGAAGCUGGACAAUUAUCACAAACGAAACCCACAGAGGACAAUAAGAAGAAGAAAAGCCACUUCAAGAGGAAUAUCAAACCUGACUUGAGAAAGAGAACUUGGGACCAGGUCGACCAUGGCUUGGAAACGUUAGACUACGAAGAAGAUGUUGCUCGGCCUUCACCAAAACGAAAUGCAGGACCUCAGCGAAGAACAAUUUCGUAUGACGACGUGUGAAGCCGGUACUAUAACUGUCGGACUUUAUAAAUAAGAUACUAUCUGCGACGAUGCUGAAAUUACGGCACGCAUAACCCCUCGAGUUGCCAGUCCCCGUGGUGCCAUAAGAUCUUGGCAUACAUGAGACUCCCCAUCUAUUGAAAAUUAUGGUCAUGUUAAGUUCAAAAGAUCAUUGCUGGGGGCUAUGAAGGAGGGACUUUUAUCCAAGUCUCUUACCAAGCUAGAAUUGCGACAUCAGUCAAGAACAGCUUGAGCAUAACCAUGUGCACUUUUCCAUGACUUCAGGUUUACUGUUGGGCCCCUUGGAUAGUAUUGGGCAUAUGGCAUUAGGGGUUUUCUAUCCUCCGCCAGGCCACCCUCCGUUAGGGUACUCAAGGUACAACUUUCCAGCAACCUCCAAGGACCAAGUUGCAGGUGCCUCGGCGACCCAAUUGGUUUGGUGCUAGAUCGCUAGCUGAGCUCUAGCUUCUCCAACCACACACUCUGAAAUGCAAUGUGUGGUUCUAGAAGACUAUAAUUUGUUCUAUGCUGUCUCAGGAUUACAUCCGUGUUAUCACACCAAGACUGAUGCGGGGAUCUAAUACGCCAAAGUCAACAUCUAUCCAGAACCCAACAUCAGUGGCGUCCGCGCAACAUACAGUACACCAUCCCAAACAGGGCUUUUCUGUGCAGAUUACUUUCUAAGCCAAGAUAUGGAAUGGAGACCGGUGGGAUAUGGCUGGCUGAGACAUUAUCGUCCAUUUCGCCACCAAGACUAGAGUGGCAAUGUGAGGAGGCGUCAAUGAAUCCUGAAUCUGAUAUGUGAUAUUGUUGAUACAGUGCGUUGACCGUUGUGGUGAUACUUGACCUGCGUCGGCGGAACCUACCUCAAUGUGGCUGACACCCAGUCCCAGCCUCGCCGGGGACGGUUUUGGAGGCCCGCGAGUGGCACAGAACCACGGCGGCCGCUUCCAAACCGGGUAAGCGUACACAGUCAAACGCACCUUCGAAAGGUCGUUGGAUGUCUUCUAGAACGGCACGGACCGUGGGGGGGGCGCUUACUGUGUGCGUAUCAUAGAACCCUAUGAAGAUGUGAUAGAGUGAUAGAGUGAUAGGUGAAGUCUGAGACAGGAGCUGAAGUGACCUGUCAACUCAUUAGUGAACAAUGGACGUAUGUGGGAUGGAGUUCUUGUCUUGUGGCUUACGGAACCUGGCACUAGCCAGCUGCAUGUUCUACCGACAUAGGCAUGGGCAUUCACUUCUCACCCCUUGCAUGCAGAUGGUCAGGGAUGAGAACCCUUCUAGAAAACUAGUUUCGAAGGAAUGUUAUUUGGACUGCAUGAUAGACAACCAUAUUUACCUAUUUACUCAUAGUACAGCAUGCAAUGGAGUUUGGAUUCCAGCUAAGGCAGGCAAUAUUGACAAAACCCGGGUAGGAAGAGUAUCCUGGGGCACUCGUCAACAAUUCAUGAGAAGGAGGCGCUUGAGAUCUGCCAAUACCGUACCAAAUCGUUGAGCAGAAGUAAUAUCAUAGCCAUCCAUGCACUGUAAACCAACCGUACUAUGUACUGUAGGAGUGCUCGCAAUGUUCAUUCGUUAAAGGCUCGCAACGAGAUACCACUUUUAUGGUCUGCCGCCGCAAGGAACUGACAGUUGGGCCCGGCAUCUAUCCCCGCAUGCAUCUACACGCGCAAUCUCCUCCCUCAUCUGAUAAUGCGGACGUGAGGGGGCGCUUCGCUAUCUACUAGCCGCGGUCUGCUGCAGCUAAAUCUACUUGUAAGAGACGUGGGGGGUCAUCCCCAUACCCAGGUGUGGUAACUCUCGAGUUACUACUCAAGGCUUUGUAAAGGCUUAGAAGGCUUGCACACCACCAGCUCCACAAUACCCCAAAUCUUAGAAUGCAACUACUGCAAUGGGGUCACACAAUACACCCUGAAUAUAACUAGAUCUUCGUACGAGGCCGGUCCAAUCGCAUCCUGUCUCAUCCUAGCCCAUACCCUACUGUACUGUGGCUGCCGCGACGGCGUUCGUUUGCACCCUCUCACUGGCCAUCUCGCCUGUACCAUAUCUAGGAUACGCGCCUCGUCGCCAAAUGCCCGACCGAGAGAGGUCUCGGAGACUAUCAUGCGCCGAGACAGCGAUGGGGUGUCAUCCUGCAUCAUUAGAGGGUCUUGGAUGCAUCGAGGACACGCACUAGUACUCGUAUAUCUUGGGGGGUGAAAAGUGACACAUGAGGUGAAGUGAUGGCCGCCUGUGAGAUGCGCGGCUUUCCCGCUUUUAGUGAUGCACCGAGAAGGCCUCCUUUCACGAUGGCGGAACGAUCUAAGAUCUGCACUCGGACAGGGGCAGGGGAGGUGGACAUAUGCACGCUACGUGAAGGUUGUUGGUUGUUGGGUGCCGGUGAUGGGGGGCUGGCCAGAUGCACGCACGACGUGUGAACUCGGUUGCAGGUAAGACGCAAGAUUUAUCACUGUGGAAAACGCCAGUAAGCUGGAUGGAUAAUGCCGUUUGUGCUGCUACAAAGUGCGUCAAGCACACCCUAAAGUUACGAU